GAAGCGGCCGCCGGGCCUUGUCUGAGCCGGACUCAUGCUGAUAGCGGGCGGCCGGGAGCCGGGGCCUCGGCCUCGGGUUGCGAUCCUAUCCCAUGAGGCGCUGAGGAGCGCGGUCAGACUGACUUCGUACAGCGCGGGGCUGCAGGUGCUGCUUCGGUUGCUGACCUUUCUUUUGAAUGCAUACACCCUUCGCUAUGUAUCAAAAGAGAUCAUUGGUGUUGUCAAUGUGAGGCUCACGCUGCUGUAUUCUACAGUUCUUUUCCUCUCACGAGAAGCUUUUCGGAAAGCCUGCUUGAAUGUUGGUGCAGAACAGAAAUGGGCCCAGUUUAUAAACCUGCUCUGGUUGACUGUUCCUUUGGGGGUGUUCUGGACCUUGCUGUUGGGCAGGAUCUGGCUUCGGUUGGUGACGGUUCCAGACCCAGCUCUUAUACCUCAUUAUGAGGUUGGAGUGGUGGCAUUUGGUCUCUCUGCUGUAGUGGAACUCCUCUCGGAGCCACUGUGGAUCCUGGCGCAGGUGCAUAUGUUGGUGAAGCUAAAGGUUUUUGCUGAAAGUCUGGCCAUGGUUGCAAAGUGUGUACUGACUGUUGUAUGCAUCAGAAUCGUACCACACUGGGGUCUCUACAUAUUCUCUCUGGCCCAGCUGCUGUACUCGAGCUGCAUCCUCGCUUAUUAUGUGCUGUAUUUUGUAAAAUUUAUUGGUUCACUGGAAGCACAAAGAAAAUCUUUCCCCCUCUCCACAGUGAGCGACCUAAUGCCUAAAUAUCUCCAUCAUCAGCCUGUUUUUGAUCCAAGACUGGCCACCCUGACUCGGACUUUCUGCAAACAAUCCUUCCUCAAACAAGUCCUGACAGAAGGUGAACGAUACGUCAUGACUUUUCUAAAUAUAUUAAGUUUUGGAGAUCAAGGUGUAUAUGACAUUGUGAAUAAUCUGGGGUCGCUGGUGGCCAGGUUUGUCUUCCUUCCCAUUGAGGAGAGCUUUUACAUUUUCUUUGUCAAAGUGCUUGAGCGAGGGAAGGACAUUGGACACCAGAAACAGGAGGAUGUUUCUUUGGCAGCCACUGUUCUGGAGAUGCUUGUGAAGUUGGUGCUGUUGAUUGGACUGACCAUCACUGUGUUUGGAUACUCAUAUUCUCAACUGGCACUGGAUAUCUAUGGUGGAUCGGUGCUCAGCUCUGGCCCAGGUCCAACCCUUUUGCGUUGUUACUGUGUCUAUGUGCUGCUCCUGGCUGUAAAUGGGGUGACUGAAUGUUUCACGUUUGCUGCAAUGAGUAAGGAGGAAGUUGACAGGUAUAACUCUACGAUGCUGGCUCUGUCACUUACAUUCCUUGGCCUCUCCUAUUGCUUGACCUGGUGGCAAGGAGGUGUUGGGUUUAUUUUGGCAAACUGCCUGAACAUGGGACUCCGGAUUGCUCACAGCCUCCAGUACAUCAGCCAUUAUUUUAAGCUCAGCAAGAAUUGGCCACUUGUAGGCCUCCAGCUCCCAGGACCUUUGCUGCUGGUCUACCUUGGCAGUGCAAUAGUGACAGCAUUUUCACAGGCCACUCUGAGUGAGCAAGGGUUAAUGGCCCUGUUGGUUCAUGUUCUGCUUGGGGCUGUGUGUUUAAUCAUCGUCCUCGUCACAAUUUUCAUCACUGAGCCUAAACUUGUUCAGUUCGUUAGAACUCAAUUCCUUUCCCAGGACAAGAAAGAAACAUAGAAUUGGGAAUGAAACCAGUGGAGUGGCGAUUACAGAGCUGAGAGAAACUAACACCAGCAACCCUAGAGGGGCAAUGGACUGAAAUCUCACAUUUCAAUCGUUAUAAAAUCACUGAAGCUAAAAGCAGACAUUGUGGAAAUCUUCAGCCUUUGUAUGUGUGAAUCCAGUGAUGAGUGCGUUUUACUAGAGUUUAGCAAUGUUUGCUUGUCAAUCGAAAUAUUUUAUUGGAGGUGAGGUUUGAUAGGAGGGGAAAACGUCAACCUGAUUCACUCAGGUUGAAUUGAUAGCAGCAAUUCACGGAUUCCAUUCACAGAUCCCAGGCUUCCAAGCCUGCUGCCAGGUGUUUAUUGAAUUCUGACUAUUAACAUCCUCCUGUUCAUACUUCUUGCCUGUUCAGUACAAAUGUGUAGGAUACAGGGGAGAUAGAUAUUAAUGGUGAGGAUUCCCAGUGUUGUGUUUGUUGAGAGGAAAGUAUAGGGAGGUCACCCAUUACUUGGAAGGUCCAAGUCCAAAGGGAUUUUGGAGUACAAAUACACCAACCAUCAAAGGUUGUGCCAAAGCAAGACCAUAAAAAAGCACUAGACUCUAUUUCUAGAGGCCUAGAAUUGAAAAGUAAGGAAGUUGUGCUAAACCUAUAUCAAACCUUGGUUAGACCACACUUGCCAGUGCUAUUUGCAGUUCUGGUCUCCAUGUUGUAAAAAGGGUAUAAAGGCACUGGAGAAGGUGCAGAAAAAAUUUAUAAGAAUGAUCCCAGAAAUGUGUGUGUUUACAGAUCAGGAAAGGAUUGACAAACAGGUUCUCUUCUCUCAUGAGAAAAGAAGGUUCAGGGGUGACCUAAUAAAGAACUUUAAAAUGAUGAAAGGUUUUGAUAGUGGAUACAGAGAGAAUGUUUCCUAUUGUGGGCAGAGCGGUUAUCAAUGUAAGAAAACCAAGAAAUCCAAUUAGGAAAUUCAGAAGAAAUCUCUUUACCCAAAGAAUGAUGAGAAUGUAGAACUCCUUACUGAAGGGGGUGAUUGAAACGAAUAGUAUAGAAUCAUAAAAUGGUUACAUCACUGAAGAAGGUCAUUCAGCCUCUCGUCAGUGCUGGCUCUCCUGCUUUCAGAGAAUAAUCCAAUUCCCUUUUGAAAACCAUAAUUGAACUUGUCUCCCCCACACUCUCAGACAGUGCGUUCCAGACCUUAACUACUCGACUGACCCUGUCUCCCCCACACCCUCAGACAGUGCGUUCC